AUGGGCAAGAAAAUAUUCGACUGUCAUCACGGAAAAGAUCGCAGUGUUGCGAUGAAGAAGCGAGCUGAACUCAAACGUAUCGAAGUACGGAAAUUUUCGUUGUGUUAUAAAGCUGUCUUGGUUCGUGUCUGAACUACAUGGAAGGAUUAUAUUAAACAGUUCGACUUUUUUAGCCAAGGUGUUAAGUGUUUUUAAGCCAGGUUGAACGACGUCCAACGAUCAAUGUCCAACGUUGAUCGAACACGGUCGGACAUCGUUGCAGAAUGUUGAAUGAAAAUUUGAAAGACAGAUUUACACUACACAACUUUUGCCUAAAACUGUCGCAUGAAGGGAAGAUCAUCUCAAUUUGGAUGACAGGCCUCCGUGCUUAAAUAAAGUUCACUAUCACUAACCUGCUUACAACUUGAGUUGUACUGUGUUUAUCAAGCUCACAACUCAUCUAUGUUGUCGUAGGUGAGUUGUGUGCUUGAUUUACACAGUACAACUAAACUUGUAAGCAGGUUGCAAGCAUGCGACAGUUUUACUUUUAGGCAAAAGUUGUGUAGUGUAAAUCAGUCUUACAGAGUGAAACCUGACCCAACAUCAGCUAACAUAUUACCCAACACAGUGUUGAAACAAGGCCAACAAUGUUCCAUCCAACAAAUCUUGCAUGUUGGACCAACAUGUCUCAUUUGAACGGGCCUUUAUUCUUUCUCUGGUAAGUUCAGACGCGAAUCACGGGUGAUUUCUAACAAAUACUCGUUAAUUAUGUUUAAAACAUUUAGACAAGUUAUUUAGUGUUUUGACUUUUGUGCAAGUUGACAUGUCUACUUUGAUUAAAAUAAACUGACAAUGUUUCUAGUUAAAUGAGAAGAGGAAACGAAAUACGCUGUCACCAGGAAAGAAAUUAAACUGUCCAGCUCAAGUUGUAUUCAAUGAUGUUAUUUUGUUCCCAGAAUAUAAGGUGAGUACAUUCUAUACCGGCUUUGUUUUCUACUGGCCUGAUUUGUACGGGUUUUCUGGACAGAGCACGAGCAUUGUAUGAUAAAAGUUUCUUGUUUCCAUCUUUGAAAGAUUGCUGCCAACACGCAGUACAUGAGAAAACAACUGUCGCACACAUUGAAGCAGAAUCUUAAAGAAGGAAAAGUCGAUCUGGAUAAAUUGGACAGACGAAUUUAUCUCAGUCUACCAAGUAAUGAAUCCCAUCUAGGGCAUCCUGUUGGAGAGGUGUGUAUAUGAUGUAAUAUAUUCCCCAUGAUCAACUUACGUAGCAGUGAGUACCUGAAACCUCAAUCUCGUUCCCAGAGUAUGCCUGUUCGCGGGUUAUGUAGUGGCAUGACCCUACAUAACCCGCGAACAGGCAUACUCUGGGAACGAAAUUGUGAGUACCUGAAAAAUACAAAAUGAACUUCGACGUUUCAAGCUCCUUACACGCAUGUGUUGUAGUGUUUUUAUCACAUUUCGCGCAUUAAUUUCAGUAAACACGAAGCUCUAAGAAGAUGGUCUGUGACUGGUUGAUUAUGACAAUGACAAAAGACGUAAUUGGCUUACAUAAACAAAAAGAAUAUUGUUCUUGCUUCGUUCUUUAGAAAAUCUAUUCUAUAACUUAUUCUUUUGUCAUUGUCAUAAUCAACCAAUCACAGAACAUCUUCCUAUAGAGCUUCGUGCCGACCCAUUAAUUUCGUAUUUCCCGCGAAGCCUGCGAUAAAUGUACCCGGGCUGAAUCAGAUUGAGAAUAUACAUGCAUAUAAUCGUCAGCCCGGGCUGAAAUAGCUCCAUGUAAUCAGCCCCUUAAUAUGUUCUGCAGGAGUCAUUAUUGAAUAAUUUCUUUUGAACCAAGGAGAGCGAUUCGACUUCAGAACGAAUGCACAACAAAGUUUCAGAAAAGAUUGGCGAGCUCGUGGACGAGGGCCUCAUUGGUAUUAAGGAGGUACAACAUCGUUUGGAAGUGUUUGUUAACACUCAAUUAUGUCCCGAGUUAUGGAAACCUUGCCAUACUAACCGACGUUAUUACCCUACCAAGGGUGUAAUAAGAAAUAAGAUGUAUAACGCGUACAUUAAACGGCGGUUAAAUAUGAUCGAUCAUGAAGUUGUUAGCGAACUUUUGAAGGAAAGACAAGGUAUGCACACUAGCUGAUUCUCAAACUCAUUAAUAAUUUAUGAAGGAAAUUCAAAAGAAAUGCAUAUUAAUUCUGUAUUUAGAAAUAAGAUUACAUCCAUUUUUCGUCAACUUUAAACUCGAUCUUCUCUUAGGGUAUUGAUUCGUUUGAGAAGCUAUAUCCAACACGAGUAAGUGUUCUCCCUCUGAUUUCUAAAUACAGACAAGCUGGUUAAAAAAUCUCGGGUUCGCCUCGUAUUUUCAACCAGCUUGUCUGUAUUUAGAAAUCAGAGGAAGAACACUUAGUCACUUACUCGUGUUGGAUAUAGUACUUCACAUAUUCCUUGGUCAAAAGUCAUGGGGAAAGAGGGGGGGGGAUUUUUAGCUUGCCGAAUUUUUUUCCGGCCGUCUGCUUGUGCUAGAAUUUUUUCUUUGCUAUUGAUUUAUUCACACACAUGAAGGGUAGUUAAAAUUAACUAUAGUUAGUGGAAACGUUAAUCAGAAGCCCGUAUUUUAGAGUUAACCACAUUUUAACUACGAAACGGUUAGUUAAAAAAUAGUUAAGAGUUUUAUACAACCGUGCCUUGGUAUUUCGUCUGCAACUUUACAUAAUCUCAUCAUUCUUUUGUUUUCAAGAUAAAAAUCCCGAAGAUAGCGUGCUGUUUAGAGGCUGUGAUGGCAUUGACGAGAUGCGUUUGUACGCCCUGUCUGGUAUCUCCGUUGAAGAAGAAUUGGAGGAUUAUUUGAAGAUCAGACAGAAAUUUGCAGAGCAGCAAAUGAUUUUCGUGCACCAGACCUCGUUCCAACGUCACCUCCUAAAACGUUACGGCGACCACGUGUGUUUCCUUGAUCCAGUGUAUAGAACAGUCAAGUAUCCACUGCCGUUGUUUUUUCUCAUGGUGAAAACCAAUGUUGAUUAUCAAGUUGUUGCAACAUUUGUCGUGCAAGAUGAAAACAUGGAGUCCACCAAGGAGGCGCUCGAGUUUAUAAAAACCUGGAACCCAGAGUGGAAACCCAAGGUGUUCAUGGUUGAUAACGAUAGUGAGGAGAUUUUAGCUUUGGAACAGGUUUUUACAGGUACGAAACUAAAAUAAUUUUAUUUGAAUUGAAAUCCACAAAUACAUUCAUGAUAAAGGUGGAGUAAUACGGGCAACAAAAUUGCUGCAACUUGCAACAAAAUCUGAUUUCAAUGCAUGUUAAUUGAAAAUGUUUAUACACAUAAAUUACAAAUCACAAGGCAACAUGUGUCGACAUUUCUACUUAACAUAAAUCAGAUUUUGUUGUAAGUUGCAGCAAUUUUGUUGUCCGUAUUACUCCACCUUAAGGCAGUGGCGUCGCCAUGUCAACUGCUCAUGCUAUGCUAAUAAACCUCCACCAAAAAACAUUAAAGGGUUUGAUUUAUAUGGGUUUGAAUAAUACAAAUAUUGAACAAUUAGCAUAUAAAACAUGACCAAUCGCUAUGGUUAGCUUCGCCAUUGCGACAAGGUAUCAAAACUGAACUAUAUACACUUUCAUAUUGAUAAUUUUUUGUUUUUUCUCCAUUUGUAAUAAGAUUCUGCUCCUCGUUUCAAUUUUUUAUUAUAAUGAAAACUGUGGUAGAACUUGUAUCAGUGUAUGUGUAAAUAUAGUAUAGUUUUGUGUGUAUAAUGAGUACUGUAUCUUCGACCUGUAAUGUAACUUAAUUUAUGUUUCCAGGCUUCCUAACUUUUUUAGCUUUUUAGUUAUUUUGGGAAGCCAGUACCUCUACACUUUCAAGUAUCUAACUUGUUAAAAGUUUCUGUAACUAUUUAUAUGUAUGUAAAUAUUGUUGUUGUUGUUGUUGUUGUUAUUUCUUUACUAGACUCUAAAGUCUUCAUAAACGACUUCCAUCGAGUACAAGCUUGGGAGAAAUGGCUUUCACAGUCAACGAACCACAUGAUACCGUACAAGGAUGCCCUACUCAAUCAUUUAAACAGACUGGCCAAGGCGACGUCCUUGGAACAGUUUGAGAAACGUUUGAAUGACUUGGAAAAAAGCGAUAUGUGGAGUGAUAGCUAUGGGAAAGUGUUCAGAACUUGGUUUGAGAAUACUUGGCUGGCGGUAAAGGAGGUGGGAACUCUGUUUAUAUAUUUAUUUAUUAUUGCUACUGUGCAACCUCUUUCCACUUGUGGAGAAAAGACCCUGGUAGACGCUGGUCACGUGAUCUGCUAAAAUCUAGCAGAUUUCUAAUUAACUAUCUAGGAUUCCUUUACGACAUCACACAAAAAGCAAAUUAUAAAUUAAACUAUAAAAUAUAUCCAAAUAUCAAAUAUUUAUUGACCUCAUCUUGGAUUGCUAGUUAAAAAUCUGCUAGAUUUUAGCAGAUCACGUGACCAGCGUCUACCAGGGUCUUUUCUUCCCUCGCCAAGAGGAAAGACCCUGGGUACGAGGUUGGCUACUGUGCAGGCUGCAGGACUUUGCAGCUCCGUUUUCAGAGCACUGCACCAGAAUCGUAGGUUCGAUUCUAGUCUCCUACGCAGCCUGUUCAAAACCUCGGACCCGCGAACAGGCUGCGUAGGAGACUAGUUCGAUUCCUGCCAGAGGGUUCGAAAAUUCCAUCUGCUAAAACCUCAUCUUUAUACAGGAUCUGUCAUUUCUCAUUUCAGCGCUGGGUUUGGUGUUUCAAAGAAGAGAGCUACACGAGCGUUCUCACGACAAACAACACAUUCGAAGCUGAGAAGAAGGAUUUCUCUCAUGAACAACUUGUUGGGAAUACUGACCUCACCCUGGCUCACAUUAUUAAGGUCUUGACAGAAGUUUAUUUGCCCAGAAGUCGUGAUGUGUAAGUUGCCCAGUCAAUCUUAUCUCGAUGCUCACUUAUUGUUGAUCUUUGGUCUUUUACAGUCGUGCCAACAGAAGCGUUGAUCAGUUCAUUUGUGACGAAAAACUUAACAUUAUACUGAAUAACUCUAUCAGUUCUAAACUGCUCUUGCUGGAGGUUCAGUCAUCCUUUAGUUGUUCAGUGUUACUACAGAAGGAAACCUAAAUUAAAUUAAACUAAUUUUAUUUCUACCAAAUAGCAAUCAGUUGUAAGCUGUUUUCCAUAGAGGUUCAGUAUGGAUUAUCCCUUAUUGAUCCAGUGUUACUACAGGAGGAAACCUAAACUAAACGUUAUUUUGUACCUAAACUAAACUUUAUUUUGUACUUAUAAACUGUUUUCCCUAGAAGUUCAGUAAGGGUCUUUCCUUAUUGAUCCAGUAUCACUACAGUUACGACUGGAGCAAUAACACAACUUUUUAUCUGUUUAACGCAUUUCUCUAUUUCUUAGUUACUAUGAACUGAACGCGGACAUACUGACGGGAACAUCGAGCAAGUACACUAACCUUCCCGACGUGUUUCACAACCGCCCACGUUGGGUGAUCGACCACAUUAGUGAACGGAUUACGUCAUCCUACGAUAUCGCAUGUGACGACAUCACUGUGGAUAGUUACAAGGAAGGCGAGUUUCUCGUCAACUGUCGUCGCUCAGAUAUCGAGUAUAAGGUACAUAUCUAAUUUAUUUCAUUCACUAUCUGCUACUAAUAAAGCCUGCAGUAAUUUUAAGCCUUUUUUGAGCAGACAUAUUCACAUCAUACAAUCCUUGGGAAGCACAUUAUGUGCCGUCUCUUGCCGGUGAAUCAAGCCUGAUAUAUUGUAGGUCGAGACCCUGCUCUAACUUGAUGUGCUUUAAAACGCAUGUGAGUAGAGUUGUGGUUGGUUCUGUUUUGAACUGCACGAAGAUUUCCUCUAGAUUUUCACCAAAAACUAACCCUUCCACCAUCGUAAGGUGGCAGCCAGAAGCGCCCCAGUAAGCCCUUGACUUCAUCAUAUUUGAGCUGCCUCUUUCCAACCCAGCUACACCAGCCUAUGGGUUUUUUAUUGGAUGAAACCUGGUUCACAUACACGGCUGCGGUAUGUCGGCGGGCUAUUGUCGUUAGCAGUUCAACCAAGUAAUUCAGAAUGUAUGCAUCAACAGCUGUAAACAAUGACAGUGCAGGCACACAGCAGGCACAUGUGAACCAGGCUUUAGGAUUACAACUCUAAUCUUGAGUGCACAAGAUGCUAUAUUUUGUUUUUGAAAUGCAUAAAAUCCAAACUCCUUACUACUAUAUCAUCAUUUAGGUGCAGUUUGGUAAUAAUGAGAAAUAUCCUCACUGUGAUUGUGUAGACUGGUGCACCACCAUGUUACCAUGCAAGCAUUUUGUAGCAGUCAUGCGGGACAUCAAGGACUGGAGCUGGUCAAAAUUCCCAGAAAGUUAUCGUUGUUCUCCCUUCUUAACCUUGGACGAGAUCGUGAACCCGAAGCCACCGGAGGAACACGAAGGAACUACGAGUAAAGCCGAUGGUGUCACGGAGAAUACCGAAGGUACUGUGAGUUAUAGUUAUGGGUUAAAGUUGGGUCGUAUGAACUGGCUUUGUGAUUGGUUGACUAUGAACACUUGAGUUGUACUGUAACUCAAGCUGUAAGCAGGUGGCAGUUUUAGGCGAAAGUUGUGUAGUGCAAAUCGGUCUUUAUGAAGCCAAUCAAAACGUAUUUACUAAAUCAGCUAGGUAUUGUAUCUACUGUUGGGGUUGCCAUAUACAAAUGCUAGCCGUAAUCGAUAUACAGCGAGAAUCUAAACCGAUAAUAUGCCUUUCCCUGACAACGCUUCAUCUAUUUUUGCAGCUACUGUCAGUGUCCUGGACUCCAGCCAGUUCCAUGAGUUAACCUUCCCGAAGGUCAACUCGCGCAGCAAGUCAAGCGUAUGUCGUGAUCUGUUGAAUGAGAUCAAUAACAUGACGUAUAGCUUGUCCGACGAUGACGUCAUAAACCGCUUGAAUACCGCCCUUGAUGACGUAUUAGGUGAUAUGAAGUUGUCCUUUGUUGACGAUGAAAUUGUGGUUGAACCAGAUGAGGUGGAGACGAAGCCCAUCAAGACGGAGGAGAAGCCCAAGGGACUGGGCAAGAAGGCGAAGCGGUCGUCUAGCAGUGGCUUGAAGACAGAGGGGAAUGGUGACGAACCGCCACGGAAGAUCCCGAAGCCUUCCGAGAAUCCUCCGAUGAGUUACAACGGGAAUGAAACAAUCGAGGAACAAGUUUUGGAAGAGAUGAAUCACACGGAGAUUUUGAAUAUUGAUUAUUAUCGUCAAGCUGUUGCUGAACCUUUUGAAUUUUCUUCUGGAGAGGGACGUGCAGGGGGUACUCAGGAAUCCAAGGAGGAUAACCAGGAACACAAGGAGGGGGUGUCCCAAGGGGGUACGACCAGUGGAGAUACGUAUGUCAUUGAUCAGAAGAAGGUCGAUGACGUGACAGUUAUUGAAGUCAAGACCCCCACCACCCUCCCCAAGUACGAAGCAAGACUUGUCCAGAGACAUGAAAUGUUGACAGUUGAUUCCAUCAAUCUUGCUCAAAGUAUUCUCCAUGAAAUGUUCCCACAUCUGAAAGGAUUUCAAACCGUCGCUCGUGGUGCUGUGCAAGCAUUUCUGCCCGUGAGUGGUGAUUUCAUUCAGAUCCUACACGAUGGUAGCUUGCACUGGGUUUGUACUGCGAAUAUCUCCCUGACUGGGGGCAAAGACCCUGCUGCAGUGAACAUGUAUGACAGCAUGAAUCAAGGUUUUAUCGCCAAGUUCACCAAGCAACAGCUUGCAUCGUUCAUGUGUAUUCAAAGUGCUGAAAUGAAAGUAAUCAUGAAGUCAGUUCAACAACAAACCUCCCAUGUUGAUUGUGGUGUAUUCGCCAUCGCUUUUGCCACAGCGCUCGCGUUUGGUCAUGAUCCGAGCAAGUUCCGUUUUGACGUGCCUAAGAUGCGCCCGCAUCUCGUUGAAUGUUUGAAGUUAAAAAAGAUGAGUCCGUUUCCUGAGAUGAAGCCUGGCUGUAGCGAUAUUGUGUUAUCCAGGAGGAAGUUUUACACAGUCGAGUUGUUUUGCAGUUGUCGUAUGCCCUAUGAGAAACCGAAGAGCGAAUCUGACCUGAUGGCGCAAUGUGGAAGCUGUAAGGAGUGGUUUCAUCAGAGAUGUGAGAAAAUUGCGCUGGAGAUUUUUAAAACUUCUGGGAUGAACUUCUUGUGUGCAAUGUGUUUGAAACGAGAGUAG